AUGCAACAAAGAGAUCAAUAUCAUCAGCAAGAACAGCAAUAUAAACCACAACAGGAUCAAUAUCAUCAAGACCAGCAACAUCAGCAAGACUACAAUUUUCAACAGCAAUAUGAACAACAACAACACAAUGAACAGAAUCAACAACAGCAAUUUCAACACCAACAGCAGCAGCAAUAUGAUAUGCAACAGCAGCAGCAGCAGCAUCAGCAGCAACAACAACAACAACAACAACAACAACAACUUGAGUAUGAAAAGCAACAGCAAAGUCAGGAGCAAUUCCGGCAGCAACAACAUCAGUUGCAACAGCAGCAAAUGCAGCAACAACAACAACAAGCGCAACAACUACGACAACAGCAACAAGAACAACAGAAACAGCCGACACAACAAUUACAAGCGACGAUGCUUACAGGUGCUGCAACGUUAGGCUCGCUUAUGGCGGGAGGAGCUAAAAAAUUGGGAAGCUUUUUCGGCGCAGCUGCAGCAGCUGUGGCGGCUCCUACAGUAACUCAGCCUCCUCAGACGGCGCCGGUGACUACAGCUCCUGUAAGUCAAUUCACUUCUGUUGCAACACCCGCAUCAACUGUGACAACAUCAGCUCCACCAGCGGCGGAGACCGUCGCACAAGUAACGCAACCUUCGGUUACAAGUGCAACUACUACUGCGCCGACGUUACCACGCACGCCAUCGCUUAGGAGGCAGGAGUCGAUACAGCGGCCGUCAGUCCGACGGACAAGGACGUUACCAGAAGCUCCAGAUGACUAUACGUCUAGCUUCGAUGAAAGUGCCUACGAGGACGAGUACCAUAAGACUGAUUUAGAUCAAGUAGAGCGCGAUAGGACGUCUCUAGAUAGGUAUCGUGAAGAAGACUAUUCUCACGAUACAAUUCCUGAAGACGUCCCUGAGGAAAGGAGGAUAGCUGAUGAACAAGCACCUAGUAUACAAAAGACUGCAUCACCCCCUAGAACCGGUUCAAUUACAAGAAAACCCUCUGUUGAUAGCUAUCAUAGUCAAACGCCAUCUGUACUGGACCGAAAAACUUCACAGAGUUCGUUUGCGUCACAUCAAGAGGAAAAACUUUCUAUAACUACGACACAAGAAGAAUCUAUCGAAAAGGCAAAGGUAACAUUCCAAGACGAACGGACAACAUACCAUGAAGUGCCAGAUGAAAACACGUUCGAACGACAGGAAUCCUUCGACGAGCACGGCACAGAUUUCCAAGACGACGAACAAUUCCAGGAUGAAGCUUAUAGAGACGAGAAGUUCGAAGAAUCAGAGCAGUUCCAGGAGCCAGAGGAGCAGUAUCAAGAAGAGUUCCCAGAAGAGAGGCAGGACGAAGUCGUGGAGUUUGAACCUCAACAACCCAAGCUGACGCCGAAACAGAGGUGGCAUCGAGCGUACAACAAAAUCGUGAUGCAGCUAAAUAACUUCUCCAUGAUGGUGCGAAGUCGUAAAACUCAAACGGCUAGUGAAGCCGACGUACGUCGGGACCAAAGUUUUGCGAAUCGUUCCAAUGGUUCACGGUUGCGUGUGCGUCGCGGGUCCAGUUUGACGGACUUGGAUAAACUCAGGUGUAGUACAGGAUCGAGUGGUGGUGGGUCGAUUGGGGAUUUGAUGAACAUGUUCAGUGGUAGUGCUACGUCAGUGGGGAGUGACAGUUUGGUAGCAAGGACGGUUCCCUUGGAGACUGUUAGGAGGAACAUUCCGCCAAUAUCGACACCGCCGCCGCGUCCGCCACCCUCGCCGCUCAUACACACGUCUCGCCCUGUGGGCCCGCUAACUAUGGCGCAAAGAACUUUACGUUUCAGUAGACUCUUGAAGUACCAGCCUUGUUCCACUGAUGUUGUUAUUGUUUUGAAGUGGUUCUAG